AUGGGUUGUAUCUUAUUAUGAAAUUAACUGCAUUGAUCAGCGGUGGGAAAGAUAGCUGUUUCAACGCUAUUAAAUGUAUUCAAAAUAAUCACGAAAUUGUGUCUUUAUCAAAUCUGCAACCAAUUGAUAUAGAUGAACUGGAUAGUUAUAUGUACCAAACUGUUGGUCAUGAAGGCAUAUCAUACAUUGCAAAAGCUACCGAACUACCAUUACACAUUCAAUAUAUUAAAGGGAAACCUCUUCAUUUAGAUAUAGACUAUGAGAUGAAAGUUGGGGAUGAAGUUGAAGAUCUCUACUCAUUAUUGAAAUCUGUUAAAGCCAAAGAAAAUAUUGAAGGUGUAUCAUGUGGGGCCAUAUGGUCUGAAUAUCAGAAAAAUCGUUUAGAACAUGUUUGCGAAAGACUAGACCUGGAGCCAAUCUGCUAUUUAUGGGGCUCUGAUCAAUCUCAAUUGCUGUCAGAAAUGCUUGGUACUCCAGAUUUCGAUAUUAUAUUGGUAAAGGUGGCUUGCAUAGGCUUGAAUCUUUCAGACUUGGGCCAAAAUCUCAAAGUCUUGGAACCAAAAUUGAGAUUAAAUCAUCAAAAAUUUGGGAUAAAUUUGUGUGGUGAAGGUGGGGAAUAUGAAACAUUUGUUACUCGAUGUAAGAUGUCUAACUUUUACAAACACGAUAUAGUGAUAGUUAAGAGUAGAAAACUUUCUAUUGGAAUUAAUGGACAAGCAAACGAUUCUAGCCUUGCUCCUGUAGGAUAUUUGAAAAUGGAUGAACUUAAGCUGGAAUAAACAUUUUCAACCAAAAAUUAAUUCUCAUAAAUCUUAUAUAAUGCAAUUUUUUAUUCUUCUAAUUUACAUUAAUUAUACUUAUUAAAACUUUAAAAUCAAUUAUCCCCAAAUAUAGAAUUUGAGAUAAAUAGGAUUUCAUUGAUCUAAUAAUGUUAAUGAUGAAUGUAAAUAUUGGCAAAUGAACAAGAAUAUAUAUGAAUUAUAUGAAUAAAAAAGAAGUUAAUAAGGUGAAAUCAUAGCUUUGAUUACUAAACAAUAGUCGCUUAAUGUUUUAUACAUUCAAUUAACAUUUGUUAUUUAACAUCCCAUGGGGCUUCAGUAAAGGUGUAAACGGUAGGGAGUUCGUCUAUCUGUGAUCUUGUAAAUUAUUUUCUACAAUUAUAAUUGUGAAAUUUUUCAGAAAUCUGAAUUGCUUAAAGACGAUGGUAGAAGAUACUAGAGUUAUACUCUAGAAAAUUGGAAAUACUGGACAAGUAUAAAA